CGCAAGCAGCUGAUUGCUCUUGAAUCACUGAAACUGACCACUGAGAACAUUAUCUCGACGAUAACAAGAUGUUUGCUUCAAUACAAUAACAAACCAUUGUUUUCGUCAGUGUAAGACACGAUAUCGAACUAACUGCAGAGCGAUCAAUUAACAAUGGGUCAACAACAGACGAGCCUGCAGGAUUUCGUGUCCAGCAACUGGUCGAAACUCGCCGCUGAAGGUGGUAACGUCGCAGCCUGCCCAGGUCUGGUGAGCGAAGAGAUCUUCAACAUGACCUACGAGGAGUUCAUUACGCGGAUGUCCGAGCUGAAUAAACUGUCCAAAGAGUGCCUGGAUAUUACUGGGAAGCAGCUACUUUUUGCAGUGAAGAAAGGAACUGAAUCUACAUUUUUAUGGAAAGCGACUGUUCAGAUUGCUUGUGUAAAAGUUGAACCUAUAUCAAACAAGGUGCACACUUAUCGAUUGCUGAGUCUCAGGGAAUUCUUGCAAGUGUUUCAUACAUUGCAGAUGCAGCAUGCAGUCGCUGAACAGAGCAAAGUUGAUUUUAGCAAAAUAAGUGUAUCAAAGUUUUACGAUAAUAUUGAUGAUAUUAGUUCAGCGGAGAAACAGAAUGAGUGUUGUAUUUGUCUUGAGAGAAAGACGGAUAUUCUAUUGCCUUGUGCCCAUACCUAUUGCAAGCAGUGCAUUGAAGAAUGGAAUGAAGAUCACCGCACGUGCCCAAUCUGCAGGGAGAAGUUGCAAAGCACUGAUGAUACUUGGGUGCUCUCGGAAGUGCCGAAAGCAGACGAAAUCAGCGAAGAAAUUAGAACUACCCUCAUGGAUUUGGCAGGGACGAGCAGUAAGUAACAUCAACAAAAGCUUAUUUUUAUGGCGGUUUUAAAUAUGUUUUUAUUCUGAU